AUGAAGAUGAUUUAUGUGCUUCUUAACGCUCUUGUGCUGCUGUCGGUGUUGGGCCGAACUGGGGCCAGAAAUCGAACAACUCCUUCAGGUACCGCAUUCAAAUACACACGAGCGCGCACACACACAGAGAGAGAUACUAUGUUAGGUGUGGGUUCUUUGAAGUGAUCAGUGACAAAUAACGUUUUAAAGAAGUGCUACACAGAUAGUAUUGGAUUGAUUGAUGGAUUCGUUGAUUGAUUGAUUCUCUGCAGGACUCUCCACCUUAAACCUGCGUGGUCAGAUGUUUACAGUGACAUAUGGCGGGGAACUCACCAUGUACACAGAUGCGAUCUCUCCCUCACCCUCUUCCUCCCCAUCUCCCUCCUCCUCCCCAUCUCCCUCCUCUUCCUCCUCCUUCUCAUCUCCCUCCUCCUCAUCUCCCUCCUCCUCCUCAUCUCCCUACACCAGCUCGUAUCCCUACACUACCUCCUCUCCCUCUCCCUCUCUCUCUGCUCUGACUGUGUGUCUGCGUUACAUGGCUGAGGAGAGGAAAGACUUGACUCUCUUCAGCCUCACUCAGGGAAACUACUGGAACCUUUUACUGAGAAGUGGCUAUGGGAAGGACCACCUCUCCAUCUAUUCCUCCUCCCAGGACUUCUGCUCCUAUAGGCUGCUCAGCUCCAUCAGCGAGCCACGCCCCUGGACAAGCCUGUGCGUUACCUGGGAGAAAAAGAUGGGCGUGGCCCAGGUGUGGAGAGGCGGGACUGUCAGCGUCAGGAAGAGGGUGUUUGGCCAGGUAAGAGGAGAGAAAGUGGGAGAGGUGAUAGAGAGGGAGAUAUAAGUGCACCGCCACUGACCCUGUGCCUCUCAACAUGUGUCUGAGGUAGUUUCAGUACCUCACAAAAAUUGGCAAUAAACAAUUUAUUAAACUCCUGAGUUUAAUGAAGUAAUUCAGCAUAAUGUAAAUGAGCGUUUUCCUUUAGUAGAUAUGAUGUAUUCUAAUUAUAUGCAGUAUUUUUUCUUUGUAUUUCUUUAUGUGUGUGUGUGUAGUUGACCAAUGGGCCUCCUGUCUUGAACGUGUAUAAAUUUGAGGGUCAGGUAACUGACGUGGAAAUGUGGGACAGAGUCCUCUCCCCAAGCUGGAUAAUGGCCUUCAUGUCUGGGUGGCAGUCCUACUACUACACCCCUGGUAACGUGCUGACCUGGUCCAAGGCCAUCUACUCCACCAAUGGAGAGAUCCUCCUGGAGAAAAACACUUAUAACUCUGACCAUCAGCCUAUCAGAGGCCAGCACCAACCCCCAGGACCAAUGAGAAGGAAGAGAAAGAGAACGUUUAAAUUGAGGAAGAGUGAGAAGGCAGAGCAGAGACAGAGGGCAUGGCUGUAG